UCGAUGGGGUCGCUGAACCUGAUGAUCAUCAGGCUGCUCGCGGUGGUGACGACGGCGCUGCUGGCCGCGCCGGCGUCCGGGCAGGGUCAGGCCGGGGCGGCGUCGUGCACGGCGUCGCUGAUCACCAGCUUCACCCCGUGCCUCAACUUCCUCACCAACGGCGGCGGCGGCGGCUCGGCGCCGACGCAGGACUGCUGCCGGUCCCUGGCGGAGCUGAUGAGCGCGAGCACCGGCUGCGCGUGCCUCAUCCUCACCGGCAACGUGCCGCUCGGUGUGCCCGGCGUCAACCGUACGCUCGCCGUCGCGCUGCCCAAGGCAUGCAACUCCGCCGCCGUCCCGCUGCAGUGCAGAGACACGUCGGCUCAGAUCCCAGCUCCCGGCACCGGCGCCGACGUUCCGUCCUCCGCGACGCCGGCAACACCGGAGGUGGAGCCGACCGCGACGGCGCCGGUUAGCCAGGAGCAGACGAGGCCGGUGGUGCUGCCGAGCUCCGGCCGGAGAGCGAGCGUUGAUGCCCCCGCGACGACGGCGGCGUUCGUGCUGCUGCUCGCCGUUGGAGCUGCACUCGUGUGAUCGGCAGACCUUGCUCUGGUCUGCUGAACAUGAACAGGCAGAAGCAACGGAGUUGUGUAUAGUUGCAGAGUUCUUUAUACCUGAGCUUGUAUAGUUGCAGAAUGGUGCAGGCUGCAGGCAUUCGGGUUAAUUAGUACUCUAUCCUAAAUUACCGUUCAUUUUGACUUAUCUAGCUACGUAGCUUUUGUUAUACACUUAAAUAUAUAUUAUAUUUAGAUACAUGGUAAAACGUUAUGUAUCUAGAAAAAUUAAAAUGAAUAGUGAUUUGGGACGAAGGGAUGUUUGUUUGUGAGUGAUUUAAUUUGAGGGUGUUGCAUUGGCUGUACGAUCUGAUUAUGAAUUUAGUGCAUUCUUUCAGGAUUCCUGAGCA